CGGCCUCCCUGCCCUCUCCUCCCCCGUUCUCCCCGCAUCGCCCGGCUUCCCUCAAGCCGCUGGCACCCUCCCCUCAACACCCUCCGCCCACCGCCACUCCCUUCCGCUGCGGGGUACCCGGCUUCCUUCUCUCUGACCCGCCGUUCUCCGCCCCCACCCACUUCCCCAGGCCUCCCGCACCACCCUCUUCCCGCCGCGCUCCCUCCCGCCCCCGCGCUUCCGGCCCCGCCCGCCCCCGCGCGGAGGACUGUGGGAGCGGCUUCCUUGGAUUCCGCGCUUGGCAACGGCUCAGCGUCGUGCUUUGGCCAACCGCCGCGUCGUCCCUGGGCCCGACUAACUGUCGCCCGCUUCCCUCAGCGUGAGGUACAAAUGAUGCAAAAUGUGCACCUGGCUCCAGAGACAGAUGAAGAUGAUCUUUAUUCCGGCUAUAAUGACUACAAUCCAAUCUAUGAUAUCGAGGAAUUGGAGAAUGAUGCAGCUUUUCAGCAAGCUGUGAGGACUAGUCAUGGCAGAAGACCUCCAAUAACUGCUAAAAUAUCAAGCACGGCAGUUACUAGACCUAUAGCUACUGGAUAUGGGUCCAAGACAUCUCUGGCAUCAUCAAUAGGAAGACCAAUGACAGGGGCUAUUCAGGAUGGAGUUACUAGACCCAUGACAGCAGUGAGAGCAGCUGGUUUUACCAAAGCAGCUUUGAGAGGCUCUGCAUUUGACCCCCUUAGUCAGUCAAGGGGCCCUGCUCCCCCUUUGGAAGCCAAGAAAAAAGAUAGCCCAGAGGAAAAAAUAAAGCAAUUAGAGAAGGAAGUAAAUGAAUUGGUAGAAGAAAGCUGUAUUGCCAAUAGUUGUGGAGACUUAAAAUUGGCCUUAGAAAAGGCAAAAGAUGCGGGAAGAAAAGAGAGAGUCCUGGUGAGACAGCGAGAACAAGUUACAACUCCAGAAAAUAUCAAUUUGGAUUUAACUUACUCAGUUCUUUUCAAUUUGGCCAGUCAGUAUUCAGUUAAUGAAAUGUAUGCCGAAGCACUUAACACUUAUCAAGUUAUAGUGAAAAAUAAGAUGUUUAGCAACGCAGGAAUAUUGAAAAUGAAUAUGGGAAAUAUCUAUUUAAAGCAAAGAAAUUAUUCCAAAGCCAUUAAAUUCUACCGAAUGGCAUUAGACCAAGUUUCAAGUGUCAAUAAUCAAAUGAGGAUUAAAAUAAUGCAGAACAUUGGAGUUACAUUUAUUCAGGCUGGUCAGUAUUCAGAUGCUAUUAAUUCAUAUGAGCACAUAAUGAGCAUGGCACCAAAUCUGAAGGCAGGCUACAACCUAACUAUCUGUUAUUUUGCUGUUGGAGACCGAGAAAAAAUGAAGAAGGCAUUCCAAAAAUUGAUUGCUGUUCCAUUAGAAAUUGAUGAAGAUAAAUAUAUUUCACCAAGUGAUGAUCCUCAUACUAACUUAGUAACUGAAGCUAUAAAAAAUGAUCACCUCAGGCAAAUGGAACAUGAAAGGAGAGCCAUGGCAGAAAAAUACAUUAUGACAUCUGCAAAACUCAUUGCUCCUGUAAUUGAAACAUCUUUUGCUGCAGGUUAUGAUUGGUGCGUGGAAGUGGUGAAAGCUUCUCAAUAUGUAGAGCUAGCCAAUGAUCUGGAAAUAAACAAAGCAGUUACAUACUUGAGACAAAAAGACUAUAACCAAGCUGUAGAGAUCUUAAAAGUGUUGGAAAAAAAGGAUAGUAGAGUGAAAAGUGCAGCUGCAACCAAUCUCUCAGCCCUGUAUUAUAUGGGAAAGGAUUUUGCACAAGCCAGCAGCUAUGCAGAUAUAGCUGUGAACUCUGAUAGAUACAAUCCAGCAGCUCUUACUAAUAAAGGGAAUACAGUUUUUGCAAAUGGUGAUUAUGAGAAGGCCGCUGAAUUCUAUAAAGAGGCUCUAAGAAAUGAUUCUUCUUGUACUGAAGCACUUUAUAAUAUUGGCCUUACCUAUGAGAAACUAAAUCGGCUAGAUGAGGCUUUGGACUGUUUCCUGAAGCUUCACGCAAUCCUACGAAACAGUGCUGAAGUUCUUUACCAGAUAGCAAAUAUAUAUGAAUUAAUGGAAAAUCCCAGUCAAGCUAUUGAAUGGCUAAUGCAGGUGGUCAGUGUUAUUCCAACCGAUCCUCAAGUUUUAUCUAAACUAGGAGAAUUAUAUGAUCGCGAAGGAGAUAAAUCUCAAGCAUUUCAAUAUUACUAUGAGUCAUAUAGGUAUUUUCCUUGUAAUAUUGAAGUCAUUGAGUGGCUUGGAGCCUAUUACAUUGACACCCAAUUUUGGGAAAAAGCUAUUCAGUACUUUGAAAGAGCUUCUCUUAUACAGCCUACACAAGUGAAAUGGCAGCUGAUGGUAGCUAGUUGUUUCAGAAGAAGUGGUAACUACCAAAAAGCAUUAGAUACUUAUAAAGAUACUCACAGAAAAUUUCCAGAAAAUGUUGAAUGUUCUGGCAGCGUGAGGACAGGACACAUGGAGAGAGACCCUUUAAACCUCCUUCCAAGGAAGUCAGUUCUCCCUGGUCCAGAGAUUGCAAAGUGUAAUUAUUUUUCAGGAGAAAAAUACUAUUUGUCUGCGUUUCUUGGUUCGUCUCUGCACAGAUCUUGGAUUAAAAGAUGCUCAGGAAUAUGCCAGAAAACUGAAGAGGUUGGAAAAAAUGAAAGAAAUAAGGGAACAGACAGUGGCCAGAACUAUAGUGCCAGUAGUAAAGGUGAACGACUAAAUGCCAGACUCAGAGCUUUACCUGGGACAAAUGAACCUUAUGAAAGUAGCAGUAACAAAGAAAUAGAUGCGUCCUAUGUGGACCCACUUGGCCCUCAAAUAGAAAGACCAAAAACUGCAGCCAAAAAAAGGAUUGAUGAGGAUGAUUUUGCUGAUGAAGAAUUAGGAGAUGAUUUGCUUCCAGAAUAAUAUUCACUUUAAUAUGUUAUUUAUUAAAGGAAAGAAAUUGCCUUAUGAGAUCAUCCUCAUGUUAAACGUUGGAUUAAAUAUCUAACCUGCAAUUUUUUUUCACUGUCAAAACUUUAAAUAAGUGUAUUCUAUUCUGUACGUAUGCAUUUAAGUUGUUUUUUUCUUUUAAGGAAUAAAAACAGGUAAAACUAA